AUGGGCCGCCUAGUUCUGACUUAUUCCUUCACGUUGCUCAUGGGGUUUCUGCCGGCCGGGCCGGGCUGGGCUCAUCCAGUGACGUGGAGUCCCUCUGGCCAAGAUCUGCAGGCUCUGCAGCACCUCCUGGAUCGGCUGCGAGAAAAAAUCCAGCAGGAGGAGGAUCUGGAAACUUCCGACUACGAAACCGGCGGUGCAAAUGAAGAUGGCGAUUAUCCUGACCUCGAAGGCGCCGAGAUGAUCCCUUCCCAGCUGCCCAAACUUCAGGAUUCCCUCUCUCAGGCACAGUGGAGGAAAUUCCUGGUGGCCUCCAGGAGACACUUCUCCGGAUGUUUCGGAAUCAGGCUCGAUCGGAUCGGGACCCAGACGGGACUCGGCUGCAAGCCCUACAAACCCC